GCGAAACUCCCGACCGUAAACAAACCCUUCACGUGCGUGGCCUGAUGACGGCUGACCAGGACGUUAUUGCCCCUCUGUGCCCUUGUCCGGGUCUUGAUUAACGAAGAGCGGUGAACGAGGCACGGAGAAUGGAGGGUGUAUGCACUCAAGCCACGCAGCUGCUCUCCAAACCCGAGGACUACAUAAGGCCCAACAAGGAGCUGGAGGGAGCAUGGCUGAAGCAGACGGAAGCUGUGUACAACUUUCUGAAGGAGGAGGAAAAGCGGCACAGCCUGUCCUCCCCGCCAGGCACACUCCAGUGCCUCCACACUGAUGGCCUCGAUGCUGAACAGGUGUGGCAGCUGGUGGAGUUGCAGAAUAAUGUUAUGCUGGCAGCUCCCCAGGACUUGCAGGGACUUGAUGACACCAACCUGUGCUUCAUGGUGGCACGUCUCAGCAGUCUAGCCAAGCAUGGCAAGCUUUCCCGUGUGGAUGAAUUGCUGACAGAGGAUGAGGGGAUUGGUGGGAGUCCUCAGGGUUGUGAAGAUACAGACUCUGAUGAUAAUGAAGAGGAUGAACAAGAGAUGGACGGUGUGGAGAAUGAAAAUCUCAUGGAGUCUGAUGAUGAAAUGAGUGAUGAUGAUGAUGGUGGUGGUGGUGAUGAUGAAGACUUGUUUGGAAAACCUUUUGAUUUUAAAGAUUCAGGCUUAAAUGAUGACUUUACUAAUGAUACUGAUGAGGAGGAGGACAAUUUUGAUGAAUUUAUUGCCAAAGAAGGGAUCGAAUCUGAUGACAGUGAAGAUGAGGCAGUUAGUAAAAAAGAUAAUGAGAAAAAGGCAAAAGUUUUACCCCAAAGUGAAGCAAAGCCUAGGAAAGAGGAAAAGUCAAAUGAAGGGCAGAAGUUUGCCAAGACCAAGGUUGACACAAAGUUCUUUAAGCUUCGGGAGAGUGAGUGGGUGGCAGACAACGACGCCAUUGGUGAAAACUACACUGUUGAUGAUGAGGAGAUUGAUCUCAUGGCAGAAAUGUCUGAUGGCAGUGAGGGAGAGGAAGGCCUCAUGUACGAUGCUUUCUUUGACAAACUCCCGGAAGACACUGAUGGAGAAGGUGGAUCAGGGAAGAAACUGUCAGAAAUGCUAGUAGAUGAGGAUGAGGAGGAUGAGGAAGGGACAGCGGAUGAAGAGGAGGAGGAGGGGCUAGAAGAUGAAGAGGAGGAAGAGCGUCACUCAGCAAAAGAGGAAAGUGAAGAAGAAGACAGCAUCACACCACUUCUUGGAGCCCACAAAAAGGAGACCAAAUCGACGUUUGAGAAGGAGCGUGAGAAGGAAAUGCAGGUGAUGGAGCAGCUUGAGGAGGAGAACCUGAGUGAGAAGCCGUGGUACCUGCAGGGAGAGGUGGUUAGUGCACAGAGGCCUCAGAACUCAACCCUGGAGGAGCACCUGGAAUAUGACAUUGCCGUCAGACAGAAGCCCAUCAUCACCGAGGACACAACCAGCCUGGUGGAGAAGAUCAUCCUGGGCCGGAUACGCAUCAAGGCCUGGGAUGACGUGGAGCGCAAAGUGCGGCCUACCGUUGACCCCUUUGAGUUCAAGAAAAAACUCCUUCUCGAGCAGGACAAGAGUAAGAAGAGCUUGGCGGAGAUUUAUGAGGAGGAAUACCUCAGGAAGCAGAAGGAGCAGGUGGAGGAGGAGGGGGAGGAGGAGCCACAGGAGCACAAGGAGAUCAAGGAGCGCAUGGAUAAGCUGUUCGUGAAGCUUGACGCCUUGUCCAAUUACCACUACACUCCCAAACAGCCGGUGACAGACAUCAAGAUUCAGAGCAACCUGCCGGCCAUCACUGUGGAGGAGGCAACGCCAGCCACGGCCAGUGAUGCCACCCUGUUGGCACCUCAGGAGAUAUUAGAACCAGUGCGAGGAGAGCUGGUGGGAGACACUGAGCGCAGCGCCACAGACCGCAAGCGUGAUCGCAGGAUAAAAAAGAAACACCAGAAGAAAAAGGCAAAGAUGCAAGAAAAGAAACUGCAGGAGAAGGUGCGCAGGGCCGGGGCCAAGGAUGGAGCCGGCAAGCUGGACCGCGGCACGACCAUGAAGGUGAUCGAGAAGGCCGUCAAGAGUGGACAAGUGAAGCUGCUGGAGGGGGGCCAGGGCAAGGCUCUCAAGUCAUCCCAGACCUUCUUCAAGCAGCUGCAGGACACCACCUCCACCAAGCAGAAGAAUGAGAAACACAAGAAGAGGAAGAAAGGAGAGACAUUAUCAGCUUCCAAACUCUUGCUAUAGUAGUAACUUAAGGUGGGCCACACUUGAAGGGUUGAAGAUAAAGUUUUUUAUUUCAGUUGUUCAUCAUCUGUUCAUAAGUUCCAGGUAGUGAGAGUUGGAGCAAUUCUGUAUUUAUACUGCAGCCCCUGCUCAGCCAGUAGAGAAGAAAUAAACAUAUAAUCUGAGGA